AUGGUCCUCAUACGGGGACCCGCCUCUAAGUGUCCUGGGUGCAAGAGGCCGGGCUGUGCAAUUUCAGAAUACUACGUCGAGAAAAAUCUUAAUUGCAAGAUCAUAGACCAGUGUGGGCAUCCUCAGGUACUCGAAGGCGUCUACUACCCCAAGGUACCCGACUUGGCCACCCAAGACCAGCAUCCACCAAGCAAAAAGAAAUACACAUCAAUCGGCACACCGUACUCGCGGUAUCACCAAAAAAAUAAAGAGGUCCUUGACGGCGUCUUCUUCCCCAUGGUACCCAGCUUAGCCACCCCAGACCAACCUCCGCCAACCUCCAUGUUAGUCAACUUAGCCCCAACAGAACAACAAAUCCCCUAUGAAUUCAAGUUUCUAAAAACAAAAGCCAAAGAGGUGGAAUCAUCAUCAAACCCUUCAACUCUGGCAAAUACUGAAAUUACACAACAAACAAAAUCUUUCUGA